GACAGUAGCCGCCUGUCAGGGGUCGCGAAGGGCUGAGGCAGACGCGGCGGCUCCCGGGCCUCAGAGAGUGGGUGUCUCCGGAGGCCAUGGGCUACCCCGAGGUGGAGCGCAGGGAACUCCAGCCCGCGGCAGCGCCGAGGGAGCGCGGGAGCCAGGGCUGCGGUUGUCGCGGGGCCCCUGCCCGGGCUGGCGAAGGGAACAGCUGCCGGCUCUUCCUGGGUUUUUUUGGCCUCUCGCUGGCCCUCCACCUGCUGACGUUGUGCUGCUACCUAGAGUUGCGCUCCGAGUUGCGGCGGGAGCGGGGAGCCGAGUCCAGCCUUGGCGGUCCCGGUAACCUCGGCACCUCGGGCACCCUGAGCAGCCCCGGUGGACUCGACCCCGACGGUUCCAUCACCCGCCACUUCGGGCAGCCAUCCCCGCAGCAGCAGCAGCUGCUGGAACGGGGAGAAGCUACGCUCCCCCCAGACGCCCAGGACGGGCACCAGGUGGCCCUUCUGAAUUUCUUCAUCCCUGAAGAAAAGUCAUACUCUGAAGAGGAGAGUAGGCGUGUUCGCCGCAAUAAAAGAAGUAAAAGCAGUGAAGGAGCAGAUGGUAUAUAUCCAAAGGAAACGAAAUCCCUAUCUCGAAGAGAUAUCUGCACCCCCAUAUUUACAGCAGCACUGUUUACAAUAGCCAAGACAUAGAAACAACGUAAGUGUCCAGCAACGGAUGAAUGAAGAAAGAAAAUGUGGUGUAUAUAUGUAUGUGUAUACAAACACACACACACACAUAUAUGUAUAUAUAAUGGAAUAUUAUUCAGCCAUAAAAUAGAAAGAAAUCUUGCCAUUUGCAGCAGCAUGGAUGGACCUUGAGGGCAUUAUGCUAAGUGAAAUGAGUCAGACAGAGAAAGACAAGUACUGUAUAAUCUCACUCAUAUUUGGAAUCUAAGAAAACCAAAUUCAAAGAAACAGAGAAGAGAUUGGCCAGAGGCCAUGGCUAGGUAGUGGGGGAAAUGGGUGAAGGUGGUCAAGAGGUACAAACUUCCAGUUACAAGAUAAAUAAA